UGUUCCUGGGGGGAAUCAUCAUCUGAUAUACUCUCUCUCUCUCUCUCUCCUUGGAUCGAUUUGCUACAUCCGCCGUGAGAAUAAACCAACCGGCGAACUCAAUCAACCGGUUUAAUCGGUUCUGAUCCGGUUAUAUCCGAAAGGAGUGUUUGUGUGUGUGAAUCGGAAGAGAGAAACAGAGAGGGAAAUGAACGGUGGUGAUGAUGAGGAUGUCGUCGUCGUGGCAGCUUCUUCGGGAGACCAAUCUCCGCCUCUGCAAUGGAGAUUCUCUCAGGUCUUCGGCGAACGAAGCGCCGGUGAAGAAGUUCAACCAGUUGAUAUGAUAUCAGCAAUCGAGUUUGAUCAUUCCGGUGACCAUCUCGCUACUGGGGACCGUGGAGGAAGGGUUGUUCUUUUCGAGAGAAGUGAUGCCAAACAUAGCAGUGGAGGUAGAAGGGAUCUUGAAGAGACAGAUUAUUCAGUGAGGCAUCCGGAGUUUUGUUAUAAAACUGAGUUUCAGAGUCAUGACCCUGCGUUUGAUUAUCUCAAGAGUUUGGAGAUAGAGGAGAAGAUCAACAAAAUUAGAUGGUGUCAAACAGCUAAUGGCGCUCUCUUUCUCCUAUCGACCAACGACAAAACCAUCAAGUACUGGAAGGUUCAAGACAAGAAGAUCAAGAAAAUAUGUGAUAUAAAUGCAGAUCCUUCAGGAGCUGUGGGAAAUGGAAUUGUGGCAAACGGAGUACCUGAAGCGCUGCGGUUGCCAGUGGUAGUAACUAGCCAUGAGUCGAGCCCUGUGGCUAAAUGUAGAAGAGUCUAUCCUCAUGCUCAUGAUUAUCACAUCAAUUCGAUCUCAAUUAACAGUGAUGGCGAGACAUUUAUUUCUGCUGAUGAUUUGCGUAUCAAUCUUUGGAAUCUGGAGAUUAGCAAUCAAAGUUUCAACAUUGUUGAUGUCAAGCCUGAGAAAAUGGAAGAUCUAUCUGAGGUUAUCACAGCAGCAGAGUUUCAUCCUACUCAUUGCAAUAUGCUAGCUUACAGCAGUUCCAAAGGCUCGAUUCGCCUGAUUGAUCUGCGCCAAUCAGCUUUAUGCGAUUCACAUUCCAAAUUGUUUGAGGAACCAGAUGCAGCUGGUUCUAAGUCUUUCUUCACUGAGAUUAUUGCUUCAGUGUCAGACAUCAAAUUUGCAAAAGAAGGAAGAUACUUACUUAGCCGUGACUACAUGACACUUAAGUUAUGGGACAUCAACAUGGAUUCAGGUCCGGUAUCAACUUUCCAAGUUCAUGAAUAUCUGAAACCAAAGCUCUGUGAUUUAUAUGAAAAUGAUUCCAUCUUUGACAAGUUCGAGUGUUGCAUAAGUGGCAAUGGAUUGCGAGCAGCUACAGGUUCUUACAGCAAUCUGUUCCGUGUGUUUGGUGUUUCCCCUGGAAGUACUGAGACUGCAACGUUGGAAGCAAGCAGAAACCCGAUGAGGAGACAUGUCCCAGUUCCCUCAAGGCCAUCCAAACUAGGCAGUAUACUAGGUAGAGCAGGAGGAUCAGAGAGUACUGCUGGAGUCGAUGGGAAUAGCAGCAAUGCUCUUGACUACACAACGAAGUUGCUGCAUCUUGCUUGGCAUCCAAAUGAGAACUUAAUUGCUUGCGCUGCUGGAAAUAGCUUGUACAUGUACUGUGCUUAACCAUCCCCUCAUACUCAGCAAAAACAACAAAAGAAGAAGCUAAAAAGGGGCAUUUUCUCUGCUUCUGGACUCUGUUUUUUCAUGGUUCCUUGUGGGGAUUGCUAUCAUCAUCAUCAUCAUCAUCAUUAAGCUCUGUAAUCAUUCAUGUUGGGAGUUCUGGAAAGGCAAGCAGUGAAAACUCAAUUAUUUUUAUCUAUUUUGAAGUGUAGAAUUUACCUGGAAACAACUUUUUACAGGCCAAGAAAAAGAUAAUCCGAUUGGAAAAAAUCGUGAUUUUAGUAAAAUGCUAAUCUCAUAUGACUUUUGGAUUGGAUAUAGAUUUAUAUUCUUUUACAAUCUUUUCUUGGUCUUGUGUAAUCAUUUGUUUUAUUGAUUCUUUUGUUGAACUUGUUUUAGUUUGUUGACUUACUUAAAAUAAUACCAUUUUAUUUACUAA